AUGCCCCGGACGCUGGCGGGGAGCGGAGCCCUCAGCCGCGGGGGGAGGCUCGCCCUAUCGCCAUGGAGCGGGCCCGCCCGAUGGCCGCCGCCGCCGCCUGACAGGAGCGGGAGGCAGGCGGGCAGAAAAGCGCGCGCGGGACAAGAUUCGGACCUCCGCGCGGAAGGGGGCGGCGCCACGCUGGAGCAGCGGCUGCGGGGGCUGCACCAGGCGCGGAACCAGAUCAGAGAAAGUGCAACAUUGACCAGAGAUGUACUUGAGCAACAUUUUAAUGAUUUGAAAGGGACCCUAAAGAAGCUGUUGGAUGAGCGACUGAUGUCACUGCUGCAGGAAGUGGAUGCUAUAGAACAAGACAGUAUCAAACCCUUGGAUGAAUGCCAGAAGCUAAUAGAGCAUGGAGUCAGUACAGCUGAUGAUCUGCUCCGGGAAGGAGAGAGUGCAGUCCAUGGAGAUGUGGGACAACAGAAUGAGAAACUUUGCAGCUUUACAAAAAAAGCUUUACAUAUUCAGCUAGAUAGCUUACCAGAAGUGCCCUCCUUGGUUGACGUGCCUUGUUUAUCUGCCCAGUUGGAUGACUGCCUUCUUACUAUAUUGAAAAAUCAAAUAUUCAGACAUGGAACUGUGGCAUCUCGACCACCUGUACAGCUAGAGGAAUUUGUUGAGAAGCCUGGAGGUAUUUUAGUCCGAUGGUGUAAGGUGGAUGAUGACUUCAUACCACAAGAUUACCGACUGCAAUAUCGUAAGAGUACUGCCAGCCACUUUGAAGAUGUGUAUGUCGGCUCGGAGACAGAGUUCAUAGUGCUGCAUAUUGAUCCUAAUGUUGAUUACCAGUUCAGAGUCUGUGCCCGCGGAGAUGGACGGCAAGAGUGGAGUCCAUGGAGUGUUCCUCAGAUCGGCCGUACCACGCUAGUUCCCCAUGAAUGGACAGCUGGUUUGGAGGGUUACAGCUUGAGCAGUCGAAGAAACAUAGCACUUCGAAAUGAUUCUCAGUCAUGCGGUGUGCUCUACUCCAAAGCUCCUACUUAUUUCUGUGGGCAAACAUUAACAUUCAGAAUUGAAACUGUGGGACAGCCAGACAGACGAGACAGCCUUGGAGUGUGUGUGGAGCAGCAGAACGGCUAUGAUUCUUUGCAGCGGGAUAAAGCUGUGUGCAUUAGCACAAAUGGGGCAGUAUUUGUAAAUGGAAAAGAGAUGACAAACCAACUGCCUGCUGUUACUUCUGGAUCAACUGUGACAUUUGACAUGGAAGUUGUGCAGUUAGGGCCUUCCAGCAACGAGGGAGGGAACUUCAAGCUUCGAGUAACCAUUAGCUCUAACAACAGAGAAGUGGUCUUUGACUGGGUACUUGAUCAAUGCUGUGUCUCUUUGUAUUUUGGAUGUUCGUUUUCAUACCCAGGCUGGAAAGUUUUGGUGUUUUAGCAGUGAGUGAAGGGAUUUUUGUUCUUGCUGUAAAGUGUAAUGUUAAAACCUGGGCUUCCAGCUGUUUGACAUCAACAAUCUGUUAACAAAAACCUGUCUUUAUACUACUUGAACUCCACUAUAUUGUACUUCCUGCUGGAUUCAUUUAAAGAAAAACAAUUGUGAAACAUUGGAUUUGUUACUCUGGAAAAAGUUAGAAGCAGGUAUUUGCGUAGGCAAAUUAAUUUAAGCAGUCCAUAAGCCCUUUCCCUUUUUUCCUCCAGACUUGAUUUUUGUCAGUAUUUCAUUGUACUCUAGUCUCAGGGUACGUGUAUUGUGUAGAAUUAACUUUGCUUAAUGCUGCUGCUCUGUGAAAUAAGCCUGUAAACAUUUAGGGGGGUGAUAAGGACCAAAGUUUUAUUUAUACCACUCAAAAAGAACAAAGUAUUUAGAGCAGUGAUAUCCUGCUAUGCUUCCUUGUACACAAUGCUGCCUUAAUAGUAUGAAUGGAUAGUGGGUUCUGCAACAGCCAUUUCUUUCAUGCAUGGUACUGUUCAUUCCUCCAGAGCAAGGAUGUCUGAGCCAUAAUGUCUGUUUAAAUAUGUAGCCAGUCUGUUAAUGUCUCACUUAAGUGCCUUAUUUUGAGAUAUUUCUUGAACUGUUUUCUGUGUUGUCACUUGGAAUAUAUUUUUCUAGAGUAGUUGCAUGGUGAUGCUUACAUCAACUUAAUGCAGAUGCUUGCCUCAAACUAGACCAAUACCUAGAGUAGGACAGUUAUCCUUAUCUGCUCUGUCUUCCCUAGUUAUAUUUACUGUGUAGCCUAUGUCAGAGCAAGUCUUAGUGAUUUAGUACUUAGGCAUGACAUGCAGAUUGGCAGCCAUGAUUCCUCACAGAGCCCUUCUAAGACUUAGAGACAACAUUCUUUCUAUUGUCCAACAACAGAGACAAGGGAGGUGCUAUUCUGAUGUGCAGGAUUCCUGGAAAUCCCAAUAGCUACCUGGGAACACCUUGCAUUCACAUGCAAUAGCACAGGAUUAUGGUCUGAGGACUGGGGACAGACUAGGCUGCCCAAGCAAGCUGGGACUGCUGCUGGAGAUCCACUAUGGGAGGUAACGGAGAUGGGCUUCAGGCAGACCCUGCUGGCAGAGAUUUAACCCGUGGCAGUCAAAAUGUAGCAGAUGUUGGUAAUUUAACUGUCUCCUCCAUGUAAUAGGAUGGGAAAAGAAAAUAUGAAUUAAUUGACUUUGAAUGCAGAAGUUAGGUAAAGUUACCACUAUUUUCCCUAAGGAGCAACUAAGAUUUAUAAUGAGCUUAUCAAAGAGAACCUAUUCCUGGUCAAAAGAUUGCAAUACUACUGGACUUAAAUAUUUUGAAGUAAUGCUCAUUGAGGGCCUUCUUACCUCAAAUUCAAUUAAAUGUAUUUUAGCAUGUUAGAAUAGCAGUAUUUUUAUAAAGCCUAGACAAUCAUUCUGCCCUUUUUCCUGCAGUGUCAACAUGCUACGUUAGCCCUCUAUGCUAGCAUUAAAAGCUUAAUUCACAUUGGAUUAUUAUCCCCCAUACUUACAUUAUCAGUACAAAAAGAUUAAUUGUCUAUGCCUGCAUUUUUUCCCCAGGCAUCUGUAGUAGGGGUACGAGAAUUUCAGAAAAGGCAAAUGGCUGUUGGUAUUUACAACAUUUACAA